AUGGCAGUCAUGACUGGAGUUGGUAAAAGACGGGCAACAGCAGAUGCCAUUGUCGCCGGUCAAGCAUCCUAUAUCAUCCCAAUGGAUGACUACAAUCAGCGGCCCUGGGUAGCAACGUCUCCUCGCACACAUAUACAGAAACUGAAUACCGCUUCAAAGCCGUAUGAAGUAGUCUCAAGACAAUUACAAGCAACGGGAAUAGACUAA